GACAGGGAGAGAGGAUUGACAUAAGCACUAGAAACACCAGGAAUGAGAAGAAUGAACAGGAGGUAUUCGUUGGACAGCUUUGACUCCCCUGUUGGCCCCUGGGAGAAUGGAGGAAGGGCCAAAGCGACGGGCCCCAGGCGAGGCUCCGAGGCCCCCAAGAGGGCACAUCUGGACGAGGCCCAUCAGCAGAUCGUAGAGUUCAACAGGCUUCUCAACCAGAGGGCUCUCACCAGGCAACAAACUAUAGAGGAAGAAAGUUUAAACCAAUCAGAUGGCAUCAUCACCCACCAUAGAUUUGAGAAUCACAAAAAAACGUUCCGCAAAAUGUUCCCAGAAAUUCCAGAGGAAGAAGACCUGACUCAUGCGUUCACCUGUGCCCUGCAGAAGGAGGUGGUCUAUCAUGGCAAGCUUUAUGUGUCCAGCCAACACAUCUGCUUCUAUUCCUCUGUGUUGCUCAAAGCCACCAAGGUGAUAAUUGAGGCGGAGAGCAUUCAAGCUGUGAAGAAGAAGAACACGGCAAAAGUGGUGCCCAACGCGCUGUCGAUAAUCACCAGCAACGGAGACAAGUACAUGUUUGUGUCACUACGAAAUCGGGACGUAUGUUUCAGGCUUAUUUUAACAAUGUGUCCUCAAAUUCAGGUCAACAGUGAAAUGAACAGUACCCAGAUAUCCCCGGCUAGCAUUGACCCAGAAAUGGACAUGAUAUCCAACUACUCUAGUCAGGAUGAGAGUGUGAGUCGGCGGACCAGUGUGGAUGACCCCCUUCCCUUCGGCUCGUCCUACACCUAUGCAGACCUGACCAAACCCUCUUUAGAAUGGCCCAGGACCAGGUCAAGCCCAAGGAGCAGCAUCAGCAAGGAUGACCAUUCCACAGAGGAUGAAGAUGCAGCAGGUGGAUCGCGGAUGUCUUUUGAAUGGGAGAAAAUCAAGUCAUUCUUCAGUGUGAGAGAAUCCAGGAUGAACUCGCUUAUCCUCCUCUAUGUCCUACUGGUUGUGCUGCUCCUUCUGUCAUCUGGCUACAUUGGUCUACGCAUAGUGGCCUUGGAGGAACACUUGAGUGCUCUCAGCUCUGUACAGGAAGAAUACAAGGAAACAUAGCCUUUCAUUCUUAUGAAGACGUGAGACGUCACAUGUUGAAGCACACGGAGGGCAACAUUCCUCUCCAUUCAGCCAGGUGACGCAGCAAAGCACUCGGACAGAAAAGAGGAAGGAGCAAAGACCAGAAGGAAGAAGGAAACCGCCCAGACCACCAACUCCAGAUCAAACAAGAAAUCCGUCAUCUCAAAACCUCCCACUUCUUCCAUCUCCAUGGCUGUGCAAAGCCACAGGUGGGAGAUGGGGGUGGGGGAAGCCACAUUAACAUUCUUAUUCCAUCUCACGGUUUCUACUACAUCCCCCAGAAUGCCAUUUUAACACUGUACAUACAAUGCAUCCAUGCCAGGGUUAUUACAGAAAACUAAGACUGAAAUUAAAACUAGCAGUGAAAAUAAUUUUGUGAGAGACACUGGCCUUAUGAGGACCGUGAAUGAAUCACAAAUGUAUAAAUAAUAUAUAAGCAUACAAUCCUAGCAUGCCAUUUUAACAUAUUCCAAUUUUUUAAAAAUUAUCAAUUGUGGUCCUUUUUUUUAAGUUUUUCAUAUUUGUGUACAGUAGGCCAAGACUGGUACAAUGUAAACAAAUGAAAGAAAAUAUGUUAUUUGGUAGCAAAAUUGUAUAUUUAUGUUUUAUAUCCUUUAUAUUUAUGUUUGUUUUGAUAGGUCUGUCCCUGAUAAACACUUGAAAAAAUAGUUAAUUGCGAUUUCUUGAGCAGCCUAACUGUGGUCUGUUAUGACUGUCUUUCUUCACAACCUUCCAUAGCCUACAUUAUCAAACAUUUCCAAAAUGAAAUUCUUAAAAAUGCUUUUGCAUUUGAAACCUACAAUUUGGAAAUCUCUACUUUACUUUACUAAUUUAACAAGGAAAGAGGUUAUGGCUGUGGUCCCUUGUAAAUGUUCAAACAUAGAUUUCCUGUAUAUUUUCACAAAUCAAUGUUGAUUUUUGAUUGUUCAAAUAUUAGCUAAAUACAUUAAAAAAUGUCUUUGGAGAGAUUUAGCCUCUGACAUCCAUCCAGAGUUCAGGAGAUUUUAAGACAACGCUAUGAGUUGCUAGAAUUCUGAUUUGAAACAUGUUUCAGUGCUUUAUGCUUUUUCUUUAUGUGAAUGUUGGAACAUUUUUAUGAAGUAAUGUUUCAAGUUGGCCACAAGAUGGCAACAUCAUAAGCUUAAGUGAAUACCUAGAAAAAUCAUUUUUCAUAAAUGAAAUAAAAUAAGCACCUAAAUCAA